UUUUCCAGCAGUUCUAGUGGUGAUAGUGGGAAGAGCAGCCAUUUGAUUUGAUUUUGCCACAAAUUUUAAUCAAAACGCUGCUAACCUAAUUUUUUUGGCCAUAAUUUAAUUUCCCUUUCCCAAAAACACAACACUAAGCAGCUUCAACAAAUAAAAAAAAAAGAAAGAAAGAAAUGUUAAGAGAAGAGAGGGAGAAACAGAGAAGGAGAGGAAAGGGAGGAAGGAGCCGGGCCGCCGCUGCUGAGUUCGCCGCCACUGUCACGUUGCCGUGCUGCCGGAAAGCCGUCGACAAGAGAAAGAACUGUGAAGAGAGAGGGAGACCGCAUCAGCUCACCGUGAAGCCAGCGCCGUCGUCGUCUUCAUCGCGGGUCUGUACCAUCGCGUCUUGCCACCGCCGCCACCACUAAGCUUGCCGUCGUUGCCACUGAAGCCGAAGAGAGAGAGUGUGUGUUCGGAAAGAGAUGGAGAGCUCGCGCUCACGAAGGAGAAGAACGACGAAGAGUGAAGGAGAAGUAGAAGACGAUGAACCCAGGGGAGGAGGAGGUCCGUUCUCGCACCGUCCUGCUCUGCCGCCGCGGGUGCCGUCGAUUGGGGUCAAGGCCGUCGCCGUCGCACCCUGUUCCAGUCGCCAUUAGGGUUUUUUGAUGCUGCGCGCGAUUGAUAGCGCCGCCACUGGGAGGAGCCGAAAGGGGAGAGGGGGUCGCCGUCAAACACGCCGCCACCAGUUACAACCGUCACCAAAAUCGGGACAGACUCACCGUGAUCAAGGGUUGGGAUGAGGGAAUCAAAACCAUGAAGAAGGGUGAGAAUGCCGUCUUCACGAUUCCCCCAGAAUUGGCCUAUGGUGAAUCUGGAUCUCCUCCCACCAUUCCUCCCAAUGCAACUCUGCAGUUUGAUAUGGAGUUGCUGUCUUGGACGAGCGUCAAGGACAUUUGCAAAGAUGGAGGGAUAUUCAAGAAGAUUGUCAUUGAAGGAGAGAAAUGGGAAAAUCCUAAGGAUCUUGAUGAAGUGCUUGUUAAAUAUGUGGCUAAGCUUGAAGAUGGCAUCAGGUGAUGAAGGCGUUGUACCUCCAAAUGCUUCGCUCCAAAUUGAUCUUGAGUUGAUAUCUUGGAAGGUUGUAUCUGACAUAAACAAGGAUAAGAAGGUUCUCAAGAAGACCUUGAAAGAGGGAGAGGGGUAUGAACGUCCCAAUGAUGGAGCUGUGGUUCAAGGUGGAUAUGGAUUUUACUCAGUCUAAUGUCAUGGACUUGAGGUGGAGAGGUAACUUUCCGUUCAUUCCAUCCCAUUUUAUGAGUUCAUGUAUUGAACAAUAACCUUUAUCAUAGAAAAUGUAAAAAAACCGGAUUCGGAUCUUAAUGGAUUUAUAAGAUUGAGUUCUAUGUCGUAAGCCACCAGUUGAUUUUAGGAAGCACAAGUUUAGAAAUAAAAUAUCGAAUCUUGCAUUUGUUGAAUGGCGAUAUUUGGGGCCAAGUUGUUUUC